CUGGCUGUACUUUGGAGUCGGACGUCAAAGCGGGAAUCAGACACAGCGGGGUGGGCAGUGGGCGGAGGGCAGACGGAGCGGGGCAGCAAGCAGUGCAGGUCCCGAGCGUUUGCCUCACCCGGCUGCAGAGAAAGUAGGAAGCCUCCCGCUGCCCGGCCACGCCCUCUGCACGUGACGUCACGCGCGCGCGGCUGGGCGCGUGUCCGGCCUGCUUACCGCACGUUACUGUCCGCGGCUUUGCAGCUCAGCUGAGCUUCAUCUUCUACCCCCAGGGGCCCCAGCGUGCACCGUGAGCGCUUGGGAGUCGCGGACGGAGAGGCGCGUGCCCAAUCCCGGGCGGGCCCUGGCGGCCUUCGGCACGCGGUGGUGCGGUGAGUGCGGACGCACAGCUGCUCCGGGGUCUUCAGAACGCUGCACAGAAAUCAUUUCAUCAUGCGAAAUCUGAAGUUACUUCGGACCCUGGAGUUCAGGGAUAUUCAAGCUCCAGGGAAACCUCAGUGUUUUUCUCUCCGGACUGAACAAGGGACAGUGCUCAUUGGCUCAGAACAUGGACUGAUAGAAGUAGACCCUGUCACAAGAGAAGUGAAAAAUGAAAUUCAUUUGAAGGCAGAAGGCUUUCUCCCAGAGGAUGGAAGUGGCUGCAUUGUUGGUAUUCAGGACUUGCUGGAUCAGGAGUCUGUGUGCGUGGCCACAGGCUCUGGAGAUGUUAUAUUGUGCAAUCUUACCACACACCAGCUGGAAUGUGUGGGGAGUGUGGCCAGUGGUAUCUCUGUCAUGAGCUGGAGUCCUGAUCAGGAGCUGGUGCUUCUUGCCACUGGUGAACAGACUCUAAUUAUGAUGACAAAAGACUUUGAACCAAUCAUGGAACAGCAAAUCCACCAGGAUGAUUUUGGUGAAAGCAAGUUCAUCACUGUUGGAUGGGGCAAGAAAGAAACACAGUUCCAUGGAUCAGAAGGCAGGCAAGCGGCCUUUCAGAUGCAAACAUACGAGUCUGCUUUGCCCUGGGAUGACCAUAGACCACGAGUUACCUGGCGUGGGGAUGGACAGUUUUUUGCUGUGAGUGUUGUUUGCCCAGAAACAGGGGCUCGGAAGGUCAGGGUGUGGAAUCGCGAGUUUGCUUUGCAGUCGACUAGUGAGCCCGUGGCAGGACUGGGACCAGCCCUAGCUUGGAAGCCCUCAGGCAGUUUGAUUGCAUCUACACAAGAUAAACCCAACCAGCAGGAUGUUGUGUUUUUUGAGAAAAAUGGACUUCUUCAUGGACAGUUUACACUUCCUUUCCUCAAAGAUGAGGUUAAGGUCAAUGAGUUGCUCUGGAAUGCAGAUUCCACCGUGCUUGCGGUUUGGCUGGAAGACCUUCAGAGGGAGGAAAAUUCCACUCUGAAAACCCAUGUGCAGCUCUGGACUGUUGGAAACUAUCACUGGUAUCUCAAGCAAAGCCUCCCCUUCAGCACCCAUGGGAAGAGCAAGAUCAUGUCUCUGUUGUGGGACCCGGUAACUCCAUACCGGCUGCAUGUUCUCUGUCAGGGCUGGCAUUACCUCUGCUAUGACUGGCACUGGACGACUGACCGGAGCUUGGGAGAUAAUCCGAGUGACUUGUCAAAUGUGGCUGUCAUUGAUGGAAGCAAAGUGUUGGUGACAGUAUUCCGGCAGACCGUGGUUCCGCCUCCCAUGUGCACCUACCAACUGCUCCUCCCACACCCCGUCAAUCAAGUCACAUUCUCCACACACCCUGAGAAGAGUAACGACCUCGCCGUCCUGGAUGCCAGUAACCAGAUUUCUGUUUAUAAAUGUGGUGAUGGUCCAAGUGCAGACCCCACAGUGAAACUGGGAGCUGUGGGUGGGAAUGGAUUUAAAGUUCCCCUUAGAACACCUCAUCUGGAAAAGAGAUACAGAAUUCAGUUUGAAAAUAGUGAAGAGGAAGCGGUAAACCCACUGAAGCUCGGCCUUCUCACCUGGGUUGAAGAAGACAUUUUCCUGGCCGUAAGCCAUAGUCAGUCCAGCCAACAGUCUGUCAUUCACCGUUUGACUACGGCCCCUUCGGAGGUGGAUGAGGAGCAAGGACAGCUCAGUGUCAGUUCAUCUGUGAUGGUGGAUGGGGUCAUAAUCAGCGUGUGUUGCAGUUCCAAGACCAAGUCAGUAGCAUUGCAGCUGGCUGAUGGCCAGAUACUUAAGUACCUUUGGGAGUCAUCUUCUGUGGCUGUUGAACCGUGGAAAAACACUGACGGAGUUCCUGUCCGGUUUCUUUAUCCAUGCACACAAAUCGAAGUGGCCAUGAUUGGAGGAGAGGACUGUGUCCUUGGUCUGACUGAGAGGUGUCGCUUCUUCAUCAAUGACACUGAGGUUGCAUCAAACGUCACAUCUUUUGCAGUGUAUGAUGAAUUUUUAUUGUUGACGACCCAUUCGCAUACCUGUCAGUGUUUUUCCCUAAGGGAUGCUUCAUUUAAAACAUUACAGGCAGCUCUGAGUAACAGUCAGGUGUCAAAUGGGGAGAAUCUGCGGAAGGUGGAGAGGGGUUCACGGAUCGUCACUGUUGUGCCCCAGGACACAAAGCUCAUAUUACAGAUGCCACGGGGAAACCUAGAAGUUGUUCAUCAUCGAGCCCUGGUUUUAGCUCAGAUUCGGAAGUGGUUAGACAAACUUAUGUUUAAAGAAGCAUUUGAAUGCAUGAGAAAACUGAGAAUUAACCUCAAUCUGAUCCAUGAUCACAACCCUAAGGCAUUUCUUGAAAAUGUGGAAACCUUCAUAAGACAGAUAGAUUCUGUAAAUCAUAUUAAUUUAUUUUUCACAGAAUUAAAGGAAGAAGAUGUCACAAAGACAAUGUACCCUCCACCAGUCACCAAUAGUGUUCAGCCAUCCAGAGAUCCUGAAGGGAAAAAGCUAGACCUUGUGUGUGAUGCUAUGAGAGCAGCCAUGGAGAACAUAAAUCCUCACAGGUAUUUUCUAUCCAUACUCACAUCUCAUGUGAAGAAAACAACCCCAGAACUGGAAAUUGUGCUGCAGAAAGUACACGAGCUUCAAGGAACUGCUCCAUCUGUUCCUGAGGUUGUGAGUGCCGAAGAGGCCCUGAAAUAUUUGCUGCUUCUAGUAGACGUUAAUGAAUUGUAUGAUCAUUCUCUUGGGACCUAUGACUUUGAUUUGGUUCUCAUGGUAGCCGAGAAGUCACAGAAGGAUCCCAAAGAAUAUCUUCCAUUUCUUAAUACACUUAAGAAAAUGGAAACUAAUUAUCAACGAUUCACAAUAGACAAAUACUUGAAACGGUAUGAAAAAGCUAUUGGACACCUCAGCAAAUGUGGACCUGAGUACUUUCCAGAAUGCUUAAACUUAAUAAGAGAUAAAAGUCUGUAUAACGAAGCUCUGAAGUUAUACCCACCAAACUCACAGCAGUACAAGGAUAUCGGCAUUGCUUAUGGUGAACAUCUGAUGCAGGAACACUUAUAUGAGCCAGCGGGGCUGGUGUUCGCCCGCUGUGGUGCCCAUGAGAAAGCUCUCUCUGCCUUCCUGACUUGUGGCAGCUGGCAGCAAGCCCUCUGCAUGGCAGCCCAGCUCAGCUUGACCAGAGACCAGCUGGCUGGCCUCAGCAGAACUCUGGCAGGAAAGCUGGUUGAGCAGAGGAAGCACAGUGAUGCGGCCGUAGUUUUGGAGCAGUACGCCCAGGAUUAUGAAGAAGCUGUGAUUUUGCUGUUAGAAGGAGCUGCUUGGGAAGAAGCUCUGAGGCUGAUCUACAAAUACAACAGACUGGAUAUUAUAGAAACCAAUGUAAAGCCUUCCAUUUUAGAAGCCCAGAAAAAUUAUAUGGCAUUUCUGGAUUCUCAGGCAGCCACGUUUAGUCGCCAUAAACAACGUUUACUGGUGGUUCGAGAGCUUAAGGAGCAAGCACAACAGGCGAAUCUGGAUGAUGAGGUGCCCCAUGCUCAAGAGUCAGACCUCUUUUCGGAAACGAGCAGUGUUGUGAGUGGCAGUGAGAUGAGUGGCAGAUAUUCCCACAGUAACUCCAGGAUCUCAGCGAGAUCAUCUAAGAAUCGCCGCAAAGCAGAGAGGAAGAAGCACAGCCUCAAGGAAGGGAGUCCGCUGGAGGACCUGGCUCUCUUGGAGGCACUGAGUGAAGUGGUACAGAGCACCGAGAAAUUGAAAGAUGAAGUGUACCAUAUUUUAAAAGUGCUCUUCCUCUUUGAGUUUGAUGAGCAAGGAAGGGAAUUACAGAAGGCCUUUGAAAAUACUUUGCAGCUGAUGGAAAGGUCACUUCCAGAGAUCUGGACUCUUACCUACCAGCAGAAUCCAGCCACACCCGUUCUAGGUCCCCAUUCUACUGCAAAUAGUAUCAUGGCCUCUUACCAGCAACAGAAGACUUCAGUUCCUGUUCUUGAUGCUGAACUUUUUAUACCACCAAAGAUCAACAAAAGAACCCAGUGGAAACUGAGCCUGCUAGAAUGACUGACUCCAGUCAGUGGGAGGGCUCCAACAGAAAAGACUGUUCCUGGUUAUCCUUUAGCCUCUUGCUCCUUGAGGCCUGAUGAUUGAGAACUGGCAAGAGUAAGAGAGUGAUCUGCCUUAGCAUUGCUGAGAGCUCGUGAGUGCCCCAGACCUCAGCAGACACCAAGCAAUUCUAUUUUUAUUUUACUUUGGCUCUACUUCUCAAUAUUAGAAAAAUGAAGCUUUAACCAAUAUAACAUAAAUUUUAAAGAAUUGUUCUUUAGUAGUGUUCUUCAGCAGCCCAUUUAUGGUAACGUGAAAUUGGGUUUCAUUCCCAGCUACAAGUUCUAUUCAGAAGGACAAGUCACACAAUUGAUUCAUGCUUAAAUUCUUUAUCUGUUAAUUAGGAAUGUUUUAUGGCUUCUACCUCAAAAAUGUGAAGAUAAGUAUAAUUUUUUAAAUAAAUUUGCCAUAGGGCAUGUGUGCUCGCUGGAGAGGACGGUGGGGAGAGGGAGAAAGUAGGAAAGCACUCCUCA